AUGGACUUCAUCCACAGCAGUGGGGUGCAGGUCAUCCAGCACCUCCAAAGCAACUACAAAGACUACCAUGACUUCCUCAACUUCAUGUCGUCCGUCGGCGAUCCACGGAACAUCUUCUCGCUUUAUUUCCCACUUUGGUUCCAGCUCAGUCAGAUUGUUGGGACUAAGAUGAUCUGGGUGGCAGUCAUUGGUGACUGGCUCAACCUCAUUUUCAAAUGGAUUUUGUUCGGACAUCGGCCAUACUGGUGGGUGCAGGAAACCCAUUUCUAUCAGAACCAUUCUCUACCUCAGCUCGAACAGUUCCACAUCACCUGUGAAACAGGACCAGGUAGCCCCUCUGGCCAUGCUAUGGGUUCAUCGUGUGUGUGGUAUGUAAUGAUCACUUCUGCAGUCAAUUUCACAAGACCCCAUAGUGACACAACCUGCCAAGAAUCAUUUCGCCUGGUGUGGUCAUUCCUCUGGAUUGCAUUCUGGGUCAUUCAGAUUAGUGUCUGUGUCUCGAGAGUAUUCAUUGCCACUCAUUUCCCCCAUCAGGUCAUACUUGGGGUUUUAGCAGGCAUGCUCGUGGCAGAGGCGUUCGAGCACAUCCCCUCCAUCCACACAGCCAGUUUCAAGGUCUACCUCCAGACCAGCCUCUUCCUCUUCUCCUUCGCCCUCAGCUUCUACUUCCUGCUCAAGCUGAUCCACAUCGACCUGCUCUGGUCCAUCUCCAAGGCCAAGAAGUGGUGCGUCAACCCUGAGUGGAUCCACCUGGACACCACACCGUUUGCCGGGCUGGUGCGCAACCUGGGUGCCCUCUUCGGCCUCGGCCUGGCCAUCAACUCACAGAUGUUCCUGAAGAGCUGUAAGGGCAAGAACAGCUACAAGACGCGCUUCAAGCUGACCUGCGUGGCCGCCACGCUCACCACGCUGCAGCUCUACGACCUCAUAAAGGUCCCCACACACACGGAGGUCCUCUUCUACACGCUGUCCUUCUGCAAGAGUGCGGUGGUGCCACUCAGCGUGGUCGCCCUUAUCCCGUACUGUGUCCACCUCUUGAUCGGGGACUCAGAGAAGAGAUUGGACUAG